AAAAAUCAGUUGCCCAUAACAUUUUGAGGAGAAGAAGUUAAAGCCAUGCUAAGCCAAACUGCAAUUAACGAUUUCAGAAAUCAGCCAGGACAAAUCGAAGUUGCGAGUAGAAGUCACAACGCCAACGCCAACGAUGGCGAAGCAGAAGCAUCCAAAUAUAACUUUAUGGUGGUAAUUGCCACUGUGACCUGGUUGUGGCUCACCUGUAUAAGUGUCUUCAUUUAUUGUUGCAAUUACUGGGAAAUGUGCAAGUCCCCGAGGAGAAGAGCAAGGUUGGUGCCGGAGGAAGACUUCGAAUUGGAAUUGGAGCAACAGAGUAUGCUGCUCUCCCAGACCAACGAUGGCAGCUGUUGAGCGAUUGAGCUGAGCUGCAAUUGCAGUUAUACUUGAGGAUAGGGAUUAGCAGAAAAGCGACGUGAGACUGGAAGGUCGCCAUCCGCUAGAUAUUUUACCAUGAGAACAAAGCGAAUAAGUAAAAAGUUUAUAAAAAGCUAAAAUAAGAGAAGGUCACCAGGAGAGUUAAAGUGGGUAGAGGAAGGUCAGCAGCUGCAGCAAGCUGCCAGCGAUCAUCUGCGGGCAAUAUGGUGACGUGGAGCUUCCAUUUCCAUUUCCGUUUCCGUAAAC